GAAACGUCGACAGUUCCACUUUGCAAGUUCGCUUUUGGUCAGCACAGUACGAUGAAGCGUCGUUGCUGCGGAAAGUGGCAGGCCAGGCCGAAAGUUGAGUUUGGUCACGUCGCAGGCCGGAAGGUCAGGCUUGCCAUGACUUGCCUCUGAUUAAAACGACUUGAUUUAGAAACUGUGCUGAGCCAUGUGAAACAGCUGGGCAAAGCAGUCGGCUUUCCUAGCAGUCAACCCAAAGCAAACUUAUGAAGGCGGACUCUGCGGUCAGAAGCUGGUUGGGCGUCGCCUGCGGCCACAUAGUGAGACAUACAUAAAAUUAGAAAUACUCUUCCCAGGUCAAGGAGUCCAACUUCUGCACAACACACCCCGUCGAAUUAACUCACUGUGCGUGCAUGCUGUUUGACACAGCUGCUACACUUGCCUCGACAUUGGAGGAAAAAUCUUCAAACAUCGCACAAUGAGAUGACCUCUUGCACGAACCACAACGCACAAGUUCCAAGCCCAUUGCGCAAUCGAAGAGGGUGCCCGACAUGCGCUGCCCACAUGGCGUGAAGACACUGACAUCCGCCGCAGUCCUGAGGUGAUGUCGACGCUCCAAGGCUGGUCGCGUUGGCUGAGGUCAGAGUAGCACAUGCAGCUUUGAUUGAAGGCGUUUGUCGGGGCAUCGCCCCUGAGGUCUGAGUUGAUCAAGUGAAACAUAUCAAAAGUCUGUCGCAACUUCCACAGUUCGACCAUUUUUCACGCACCAGUUCGAUGCACCACGACCCUUUCUUUCUUUAUUUCUUUUUUGGGGGAGGUAGGCCGCUAGUAGAGGUAGGAAGUAGCUAGUAUCUAGAGGUAGCUAGUAGGAGCUAGGUAGCUAGUAGCUACAAGAACCCUAUUGCUGACAGGACGCAGGAUAGCUCGCGCUUCUUCAAGGAAACUAAUGAUUUGACCUAGAUUUUAAGGGAAACUAACAAUGCGAUGCCCUUGUUGCUAGUAGCUUCUUGCUGCCAAAAAAUAUGUUGCAAAAUCUGGCAAACAUGCAAAUACCUGGGCCAGGCACAUUCCUGCAUGUCAAGGGCGUUAAUAUGUAUCCGGCUUGAUUUCUACUUGACCAAAGCCAGGAACGGAUCGUCAGACCUAGGCAUUUCGUUUGAGAACCUGCUUUUAUUUGAUGUGGCCUAUUGCUUCAUUUGCAUUUUCAUCAUUCUGAUGCAAGUGCCACGCAAGAUUAUACGAGAGAAUGACAAGCUCCUUAUCGUUUUUUGUUGCAGGACACGAGUUGUCCCCAUCGAAUCUUUGGUUGAGAUCCGCAUCAUCCGACGUCGCACAUGCUGCGACAGACAAAGUCGGAUGUGCCUGUAUCCUUCAAAGUGCUUCUGGGGAUACCCAACAAACUUCGAGCGCAAUAUCAUCGUUGUGACCGACUCGACUUGCAAUAACUACUUCUUUUGCGUUCAUGAAAUGGAGGACUUCAUGGCGGACAAUUGGCCAGCAAACGACAUGGAAGCGGUGAAGGUCUGCGACCGUCCUGAUCCUGCAGUGCUUGGUACUGGUCAAGGCCUUUGACCACUUGCAUGAUUCCUGUGCAGAUCCCGAGAAGCAUUCUCAAAGAGAGGCCUUCUCAACAUCUGGAUAGCUUUUCUGGUUCUGAGACUUGCAGUGAGACAUGGAGGAAGGACAUUGAUUUUUGUUGUUC